AUGCCACCUCCUGCCCCAUUCAAUCCUACAUUUUCUGUGAAUUUCAAACCAUGGGCACCCCCUCAUCCCAAAUCCCUCAAUUUACACUCUCUGGUGGCCAGCUGUUUCCUUUCCUCCAAAUUUUGUCAUAAUUCUCCCUGCAACACUCUCUGCAACACUCCCCACAACACUCCCUGCAACACAGAUCACGAUUCAACCGCCGUGAAAUACUACUUGGACACGGUCAUCCGGUUUGACCUGCAGGCUGCGGCUCUGGAGUUCCCGUCCGACGAGGCCGUUCAGCGAGCAGCUCAUGGGCUGUUGCUCGACGCGGACAUCACGGCCCCGACAGAACUUCCGGACGAUCUACAGGGCCAUUUUGAUAAUGACCCAACGCUUACGGAAUUGAGUGAUAAAAAGGCAGAACUACUAGAAGCAAUCAAAACGCUUGGAUUUCCAAAUAUGCUCGCAGCGAAAGGAAAAACCCCAUUGUACAAUGAGUGGAAGAACAUGAAGGCCAAACUGCAGCGCGAAAAAGAACGGCUUCGCACGGAGCUGAUGAGGGUGGCAAGAGACCGCCACUUUCGCAGUGCAGGCACUGAACGAAUGAACCGGUACCUGAAAGGCACCGCCGAAGUGAAUCCGACUCGCCCUAUACCCCCACCCUUACCUGUACUUCAGAUUCCUGAACGAGAACGACUCGUAGAACUCAUCCAGCAGUGGGGCGUAAGGCCUGCUGGGGAUGAAGGUUCUCGGCUAGCGUGCCUCAGAUUGUGGAUCGGCUUGCAGCGUCGAAAGGAGCCACGGCGCCCAGGAAAACACAAAAAGCAGCACCUCGCCCAGCUUCAGGCUCCUAAACCUGGUUCUGUAUCCGUCGCAGUUGCUAUUGUUAUACCUGCAAAACGCGCUACCCCGGUAGAAAUGCAUCCGUUGACUUGUCCUUUUUGCAUGGCUGAUGAAAGUUUACCCGAUGGAGAUCGGUUCAAGAUUUGGGAUAGGCUCAACAAGGUGUGGGAUCAUGUUGAGAAAAAUGUGCAUCGAAACGAGCUGGAGGCAUAUUCAUCUGGUACGAAGCCAUGCGGCCUCUGCAAGAUGAAGGGUGCAGUGUUUGUCCCGUCCAGUACGAUGGAAUUCAAGAGACACAUCCUGGAUACCCGUAAAUGGCGUUUUCGCGGGUGUCGGUUAAAUGUUUAG